CAACCACCCAGCAGAUGAAAAUGUUACCGGAUCGGCCACAGAAAUGCUCUGCACAAGAUGAGGCAUUCGGACGGUUCCCGUGACCGUUCCCGUGACCGGCGUGACCGCCGCGACCGCCGCGGCCGUUCCCGGAGCGUCGCAUCGCGGCGGCGCCAGCGAGAUCGAAGCAGGCGAUCCCCUCGGCGACGCCCCUCACCCUCAGAGAAGGAUCGCUCUCGAAAGAGCCCAGCCCGAAGUCUCUCCCCGGCGGUUGGAUCCCGCUUAGCCAAGGCUGGAGUUGACCCCAUGGCCUUACUUGAAGCGGCUUGCGAGAUUGAAAACAAUGUUGAGGCGCCGCCAAAGCCUGCGAUGCCUUCUUUGCAUGAAGCUCUUAGCGGCUUUGAGGCAGCAGCAGCAGCAGCAGCCCCCAGCGAGCGUCCACAGGUCCAGAUCGAGGAGGCUCCACGCAUAACCCGUGUUGAGACAGUGUCCAUUCCUCUCUUGGCCAAGAAGGACACCAGGCCAGAUACCUCUUCUUCUUCCACCCCAUCAUCCUCUUUAUCCCCUUCGCCAUUGCGCAGAGGAUUGCAUUUUGAUGCAGACCUGAACGAGGAGCCUGGCCUCGGUCCUCUGGAACGAUUCUUGCUUCGAGGUGGUGAAAUCUUGGAGAAUAUCACCAUUCAGUCCAAGGCCUUGGCACAUGAACGCAAAGGAGAUGUUGCAAGCAACAUCAGUGAAAAUUGAAGAAGAAAAGUAUUGCGAAAUUAUGUUUAUUUUUGUACCGUUUUGGAA